CACACAGAGGGAAAAAAAGGAGGAGGAAGUCAGCCUGCUGGUGACAGCCGUGUCAAAGAAAAGCAGUGUGUGGAAGAACAGGCCGGGACUUCAGCUCCAACUCUUGUUCCUUUUUCGGUGAACAUUAAAGACGCCCAAAACCGUCGCCGACAUGUCGAAGAACACCGUGUCCGCCCGCUUCAGGCGAGUGGACGUGGACGAGUACGACGAGAACAAAUUUGUGGACGAGGAGGACGGAGGAGAAAACCAGCUGGGUCCUGACGAGGCAGAGGUGGACUCCCUCAUCAGACAAGGAAAUCUCAUGGAGGCUUUACAAGCUGUGCUGAAGAAUCCGCCGAUCAACACAAAGAACCAGAACGUUAAGGAUCGUGCAGAGGGUUUGGUGCUGAAGGUGCUCAGCGCCUUCAAAAGCAGUGACAUUGAGAAAGGGGUGCAGUCCCUCGACAAGAACGGCGUGGACCUGCUGAUGAAAUACAUCUACAAAGGCUUCGAGAGGCCGUCAGAAAACAGCAGCGCAGUCCUACUGCAGUGGCAUGAAAAGGCUCUGGCAGCUGGAGGAGUGGGCAGCAUCGUCAGGGUACUAACAGCGAGGAAGACGGUCUAAAAGGAGAGGGGAGGAUCAGUUCAUUCUACAUCACUGACAGAUACAGGAGGACUGUUCAUGUAAUCUAACAGACAGCAUAGGGACUAAAAGGAACAGCUGUUUUUUUUAACCUGUUGUGCUCAGGGCUCGACUUAAAAAAGAAAAUCAAAUCCGGGUCACAUCAGGGUUAAAAAAAAAAAAAGCUUUUCUUUUUUCUUCCAAUGUGUGAUCACAGCCUACUAAAUUGUAUUCCUCACAGGGUGCUACAGAUAACUUCACACCCCAUGUGUCUGUGCUGUGUCCCUGAUCUAUUAACAGUAACCCCCCUCCCUCUCCAUGUUAUUCCUGUACAGUAUGCACUCAUUCUGCACACCAGAGGUUCCCAGCCUACAACGCAGAAAACACAUAUUCCUGCUCCACAAAAUGUUGUUUAUUUUUUAACAUCUCCCACUAAUCUUUAGUCUUGUGAAAUACUGGGUCUUCUUACCUCUAAAAACUAAUAGACAUAUGCCAAAAAGGUUGGGAGCCACUGCUAUACACAGUACCUACUCACAAUAUAAACAAACACAUGACUCCGAGCAAUGUAUCCUCUACUGAAUUCCACACAGACAGCUUCAGCUUUGUUUCUCUCAGGAAACUCUCUGUGUUUGUUUCUCUAUCUUCCUCUUGUGUCAUCUCUGCAGUAGAGACUUCCUGGUGGAAUAAAAGCCUGAUUCUCUGUCAGUAAAUCCUUCUCAUCGCCUCUGGCUUUAACACUUUAGCAGCAGGAGUCUCCUGAAAAGCACAGUCACAGAUGGAGGAUGGUGGAUUUGCUCACUGGGGGUCACCAUGCACCCGGAGGAGUGGGGGCUGGUGUCAUCCAUCCAUCCAUCCAUCCAUCCUUUUUCACGCGGCCUGCUGCCCCAGUUAAGGAUUAUUACCCACGAUGCAUCUCCGCCACCACUUCUCUCAUGAAUCCCAUUUUACUAUUCCUCACAUCCCAUGUGUGUGUGUGUGUCUUUGCUCACUGUACAUUAUGUGGCUCUGCUGGUACUGUUUAUAGGAGCUGCAUUUUGUCUGUACUUUCAGGAAAAUAACCUCUCUCAGAUUGCUUUUUUUAUUUUGGUAUUUAACAAAAGUAUAAUCUAGGAUUAAACAGUUUCCUCUUGGUUUUGUUGUUGUUUUAUAAUAAUGAUUUGCCUCAAGGCCAAAUCCCUACUUGAUCAAAAUAAUAAAGACAAAACAUUAAUAUUUUGCCUCUCUGAAAAAGGAGAGUGAAUUUUAUGUGAUUUUAAGAUAUAUGUCCUUUGCAUGAUCCCACCUUUGAGACUUUUAAGUAUUUUCUCAAGCAUUUCAUACCUGUCUUUUGUACACGUUUGUGUCUCUUCUGGAAAAAUCGAGUGAUUUUCUUUUAUAUUUUGUAUUGAAUCAGAGUUUAAAUUUACGCUCAUGGAUUCAAACAAAUCCUCCUCACAUGGUAUCGUAAGUCGUUAUGUUGCUACCGCAUAAACUUUUAAUUUCCACACAUUUCUAAAAUGAGGAGGAAAACUGGAAAUGUAAAAGUUUGAUCUGCCUUAUCAGGUAGAUUAAGUCUGUUGCCAAAUGAUUUAUUUUGCUUUCAUGGAAAUAAUGUAGCUUACAUUGAUGAUUUAAUUGCCAUUGUGUGUUAGAGAAGAAUUUUAACGAUAAACCGUAUAAAUGAACAUAAAAGCAAAAGUGUGUUACUUUUCAAGAAGAUGACCAACCUUGCGCUUCACAUAGACAUAGUGAUAAGAGGAAUUUGGUUCCAGCGUAAUGUUUUGUAACUCAUUUCCAAUCGAGCACUUGAGUGGAAGUGAAGUGAAUUUCUCGAUGGAUGUUGCUUUUUCACACAAAAGUAUCAUCGCAGUUGUUUUAUUCACGAGUUAUCAUCAGUUGAUAUUCAGACAUGGCUUUUCAUGUUUGAAUACUGUCAUCAGCGAUGAUGCGUCCAGACGUUAGAUCCCUUCUUCUAAUGCAGUAACGUCUAGUUUUACAUGGAAAGAGGAAGGAGAACGGUCUGCUUUCUUCUUCUGCUCCAUGUAUUCUAGUCAGAGAUGCUCUUCUAGCCGAGGGCGAGAAGAAGACGGAGCAUACCAAACUGAUGUACAAACUGCCUUACUCAAUAUUCCUUUUUUAUGUUUGUGCUUUUUUGACAAAAAAUAAAAGGUAUGAAUGCUGAUCU